AUGGCCGACGACACCUGCGACCAGGCACUUCUUAGCUUCAAGCACAAGGAAAUGGGGACAAAGGGGCUCUAUACCGAGCUGGAGAACUCUGGAGUCUCAGGAAGCCAUGGUGGGAGGAAAGAUUCGAGUUCGGGUUUGGAGGAUCUCGCAAUCCAGAAAUAUUUGGAUGACGAAGAGUGGGAGGCUGAGGAGCUGCGCGCUGGUCGAGGGGUUCAGAUGCAGCGGUUCCCGUACGGUGCUUUCGAGAGAGACAGAAAGUUGAAAGAGGCGCUGGCUACGCCAAGUUCAUCGAGAUGGGGCUGGCGGUAG